AUGUGCAACUUCUACAUGAUGUACUUCUACAAUGCUAGUGAAAACAAUCCAUUUCCGAACGGCUCAAUGUGUGUGGGCAAUGAGAAACCUAAUGAGGUUUCAAAAGAUUAUCCUAUGGAAGGCACACGAAUACUACCGGCUCGUCCAGUUCUGGAGCGUUCAUCACAUGCAACAGGAAUAGCCUUCGGUGUCAUCGAAAAAGGAGCGUUCACCAGUGUUGGAGAUGUAAAACUUGGCCAAAUUGCUUCAUUAGCGUUUCAAGACGAGAGAAUUUUCGCAGUUUUUCAUAGAGCUGGGAGAGUGUGGGAUCAAAGUACUUUUGAUCAGCAUAAUGUGCUCAAGGAUCAAAAACCAAUCAAGGACGAUGUGAUUUUGAUAGUUUCUCUGGACGGUAAUGAGCUUCAUCUGGUGAAGAAGCUAGGAGGGGGAAAGUAAGU